AUGAGGAAACUACAGGAAUAUAAUCGGAUGAGCGAGGCCAAGUGGAUCCAUGCGAUCACGAAUCUUCAGCCAGAUCAGGUCAAGCGCUCCAGCAAGUACAAGAAACUAGCCAGGAGAGGUGUGCCGCCGUCUGUUCGUGGACGUGUUUGGCAGUUCCUCGCCAAUUCCCAUCAUUACCGCGAGCCCGGCAAGUUCCAAGAACUCCUUACACGUGGCCAUAUCCCCAUCCACGAUGUCAUUGCACGGGAUAUCCAUCGCUGCUAUCCAGAUCACGUCCACUUUCGCGACGGCAUGGGCGGUUCUGGACAGGAUGACCUCCACUCGAUCCUCAAGGCCUAUGCUCAUUACAAACCCAGCGUCGGAUACUGUCAGGGGAUGGGUCGAUUAGUGGGAAUGAUGCUGAUGCAGAUGCCUGUUGAGGAAGCGUUCUGGUUGCUUGUUGCCACGAUCGAGGGGUACCUCAACGAGUACUUCACGCCGACGCUUCGGCAGCUCCGGAUUGAUGCACAGGUGUUUGAACAGCUGCUCCGGGUUCAGGACCCACGAUUGGCACAACAUUUGCAGCGGAAUGAUGUCCUUCCGAUCAUGUAUAUGACGCAAUGGUUCCUGACGCUGUUCACGAUGUCCCUGCCCUGGGCAUCGGUACUGCGGGUCUGGGACGUGUUCUAUUUCGAUGGGGUGAAGACGUUGUUCAGGGUCGGACUGGCGGUGAUGCAGAUCUGUAGACAGCAUCUGUUAGAACACUGUCCAUCCAGCUCCGAGUGCAUGGAUUACCUGCUGCAUGUUCCGCUCGAGAUCCUGGGGCCGGAGGCCUUGUUGGAUAGGACGGCGUAUCGGAUCCGAUUGAGGAGGGAGAGUAUUGAGAAG